UCAUUUCAGUAAGUACAGAGAUGCCAAAUGUCUAACUAUCGGGCGCUCAACAUUGAAGAACGCUGGUCUAGCCCUGAGAGGGUGUUUCUGACUCUAGUUACGCUGACUAAGCUAUCUUGCGGCCGUCAUGGUCAAGGUAGGAAUUUUCUCAUGGUGAAGGUGGCAGUUACGACCAGGUACAACCUCAGAUGUGGCUCUGAAAGUUUCAAGGCCAAGAAUAUGGAUGAUUCUAACAAAGGACAACGUUUGCAAAAUUACAGAGUAAAAAUGGUUACUUUGAGUGAUUUAAAAGGUCAGAUUGUCACUGAUUGCAUCAUAUCAAUCCACAAAUCCAGUCCGACUGACUGAGAACGACUUCGUCUGGGGUACCCAAUACACACUGGGACUCCGGUCCCUGUCCUUACUACAAAGGAAGGGCGACAAUUGUUUAUAGUACCUGUUUGUCAUUAUCACCUUCAAGUGUUUGUAUUGUGUACCACCAUUGUUAUGUAGGACAAUUGAGCAUAUACAAACAGAACGUCUUUCACAGCCCGGCUUUUAACACCAUGUUCCCGUCAUUUGCGGUUGCAGCCUCUCUCUCUCCUGGCGAGCGUUGGUGUAAGAACUGUUGGUUUCGUGCCAGAAAGUUGUCCCCUGUAGAAGUUCACCGGGGUUCCACACAGAGUAUAAUGCGUGCCAAUCAGAGCCGCCGACACAUCCUGUACUUUGGAACUGCCAAAUCUGCAGUGCCAGGCAGGUGGGCUGGUCAUGCUGCGGGAGAACCUACUCGUCUUUUAGGGGGCGUUAAGGAUGCGUGAGCAGUCUGAAAAAUGAUUUGUAUGCCACAUGUGCUAGACAAUGAUUCAUAAUUUUGUCGACUUUCUUACGUAAUUAGCAAUGUAAUAACUACGAAACAUAUUCGUCGCCAUUGACAAAUGUCACUGUCGGACAAGAGGAAUUGACGUGAUGGUAGAGACCAUUAUCAAAUUACUUACGUAAUAGAUUAUUCUUAUCUAAUCAGGAAAUAAAAACUUGUCCGGAAUGUUUGAAAAAAGCCUCUGUUUGCAACGUUGGAAAAUAUUUCCUUCGCCCUAACCUUCACACCCCUUCAAUUUUCCACCGAUGGCACGUUCCACAGACGGGUCUCAGUGCGCCCAGAUGCUCCAGGUCCUUUCCGGUAGCUGGCUCUACUGACUGCUAGAACUAGGACGUUUUAAAUAGGCAUGUGGCUGUCAAGAAUAUCACACGACACGGACACAACUGCCAUGUGGAGGCUGGGGACGUUGGUUCUAGCACUGUGUGCUUUCCUGAACUGCGGGGUUGGCGCGGCGACGCUGCGGCAGGACGCGGCGGGAUGUACGGCCCGGGGGAACCCGGUAUAUUCCGUGGUGUUCAAGGGCGAAUGGACCAAGGCGCGCUUCCCCAAGCAGUAUCCGCGGCGGCGGCCGCCUGCACAGUGGUCCACUCUGGUCGGUCGUGUUCACAACAGCGCGCACGCCAUGUGGUCCAAGGGCCAGCUCGCUACCCCCGGGGUCCGCCUGUUCGCCGAGGAAGGCAAGACCGUCUGGCUCAUGAACGAGGGGAAGUUCAUAGAUGACGUGGAGUCCCAGUUCCUGGCACCACGAGUGGGGAGGGGGGUGGGCCACACGGCGGCCAACAUCACCGUCAACAGCAGGUACCCACUGGUGUCCUUCAUGGUGCGGCUGGUGCCGAGCCCUGAUUGGUUCUCCGGAGUGAACAGUUUAAGUCUGUGUGAGGACGGCCGUUGGAUGGACGAGGUCCGGGUGGACAUGCACCCCUGGGACGCGGGAACAGACGCGGGACUCACCUUCAGCUCCCCGAGCUUUCCCGAGAGACGCCAGCACAGGAUUUCCAUGAUCACGUCCAAGUUUCCCAACCACCCGGCAUCCUCGUUCUACUACCGGAGAAGACCGAGUCUUCCUCGCAUCGGGGAGGCCAUUUUCAUCAAGCUAACCCCUGAUCCCACCACUCCUGAACCAACCACACUCCCGCCGACAACCACCACUACCAUGACAACGACAACUCUGCCGCCAACCACUACAACCACCACCACUCUUCUACCAACAACUACAACCCUUCCACCAACCACCACAACCCUUCCACCAACCACAACCACCAUUCCACCCACCACCACCAUUCCGCCAACCACUACCACCAUUCCACCAACCACUAUGGCACCAACCACCACCACUCUCCCACCAACCACUACAACCACCAUGGCAACAACUACGUUGCCACCAACAACGACGACGGAAAGGACCACUCCGGAAAUGACCACAGAACCGGAAAUGACGACAGCUGAACUGACGACACCAGACCUGACCACCGCUAUGAGAGAAACAACAACGCAGAUGGAAACUACGCAGCUGCAAACGACAUGGGGUCCAACAACCACAUUAGAGCCAUUAACCACAACAGCACACGUCACCACCACGACACCGGCGGACGAGUACUAUCCCAUGGUUGUUGAUGUGGGUGCGAAAACAUGGGACGUCGACGGUGGGUUAGAUGGAGAAGAAACAGCAAAACACAUGAUAACCACAGAGUUGACGAAAGAGGAUCUCAUCCCGACGAAGAAGGAUGACGACGACCCGAAGUACGCCUACAUCUCGUCAGCAGAGGAGCAGGUGGAGGACAGACCGCGCAAGACUGGAUUUGACGGUGAUGAUUUUAUUCUGGAACCGAAACACAAUAGCGUCGAAAUCACCGAUACCGGGUCAGGGGUGAACCCCCAGGCGGACGAACAGAGGGACCGCGCGCCCGACAACCGGCCCAUCCCGCUCCCCGUCCGCCUGCCCUCCGGACAUCCCUCCGCAGACAAGAAAGGAGACUUACAUGUAGGGUCCAAGGGCAAGGAGAACGUCCCCAAGUUCUCCAGUCUGGAGGAGGAACUGUAUCCGCCCUUCAUGUUAAAGUCAGGCGAUGGUGUGUUUGGAGGAGACAAGGUGGAAAGAUCAGACAUGCCGGUGAACUGUGCGGUGUCUGCGUGGUCUCCGUGGGGCCAGUGUUCCACCACGUGCGGACUGGGCAUCAAACGUGCGACACGCUGGGUCACACAGGCUCCGGAGAAUGGCGGCGAGCCGUGCCCUGCUCUGCUGAGGGAGGGGAUCUGUAUCAACGACCCGUGCCCGGGAGUCGAGAUGUGUCUGUUCGACUGUAACUCCAGAUACAACUACCGAUUCAUACCCUACAAACGUAAAUUCGGACAGGAACCGUAGUCUUUACACACAGUAAUACAGAGCCAUGCUGGGAAUAUGGAUUAUUUUUGUAUAACACAUGAUGUGAUGCUUGAUUACAGAGAUGGUCAUCGGCAACGGAAGUAGUGUGCAAAACAUGUACAUUUUCUGUUUUCUACAUUUUGAAAUACGGGAGAGGUACCGAAAUGUAUGUAUUAUUUUGGCAGAUGUAAUAACAUGAUGUGCAACAUUUGCACACAUACGGAGUAAAAAAAUAACGGAGGGAUAUUUCUAGCUUUAAUAGUAUAUAAAGAUUAUACUUGUAACGGCAGAUGCCUGAUCAAAGCACGUUAGCUCCA